AUGCCCGUCACUCAAGCCGAAACCCCCAAUUCGCUGCUGAGCAAGAAGCUCUCCACCGUCGUCUUUUUCGCUCUGGCCACCUACGCCAACAUCCAAUAUGGUAUCGCCACAUCCCACUCUGACCAUGAUGGUCCCGAUUGGAUCCACACCAAUGCUUUCUCGGCAAGCUCCAUCUUUAUCUUCAUUUUCUGGAUCCUGACCUUUGGUUUCCAGCUGCUGUACCUCAGCCAGGUCUUUUCCGCCGAGCCCGCUGCCAUCUCUGGCUCCAUUACCUACCACUUCUCUGUCUUCAACAUUCUUCACUUCCUGUGGGCCUGGCUCUUUGCCCGUGGCCACCUUGUUCUUGCUCUUGUUGUAACCGCUGCCAAUUUCUUUAACGUCCUGGCUCUUUACAUCUCGCACAAGACCUACUCCCUGCGACCUGCCUCCAACUUCAUCUUUAUUCACGUCCCCGUGUCUGCCCUGCCCUUGGCCUGGACUUUCUACAACAUCUUCUGGACUGGAGCUGCUGCUUUCCACGCCAACGGCCUGUUAGCUCGAAUCAUUGCCAACGUGCUCAUCUGGGACUUCCUUAUUGUCCCCGUGCUCAUUCUCUUCUUCUACCGAGAUUGGGCUUUUGGCUUUGCCGUCCAGUUCCUCACCUGGGGUAUUGGUGUGCACCAGCUCUUCUACAAGGUCAUUGCUCUGCAGUGGGGCUUUGCUUUCGCCGCUGCCGCCAUCACCUUUGUGCUCACCGUGCUCACAGCUGUUGGUCUUAUCUUCAAGAAGCCCGCCGUUGACCAGGUCGACGCCGAGAAUGAGCGAGCUCCUCUCAUCUCCAACCAGAACUAG